ACUGGGAAUCUGCCAUUCGGGUUGGUGUGCUGGAUUGUGGGGAUGAAGAGAACUAUGAGACCUGCAAAGAGUAUGGUAUUCACUACUACCCAACCUUCAGGUACUUCAAAGCAUUUACAAAGCAGUUUACUACUGGAGAAAAUUACCAAGCAGGAGCAGAUCGAGAGCUGCAAACAGUUCGUCAGAUGAUGAUUGACUUCUUACAGAACCAUUCCCAGGAGGUCAGACCACCUGCUUGCCCACAACUGGACCCAGUUCUGUCCAGUGAUAUUCCUUCUCUGUUGGACAAGAACAGCCACCACUACACUGCCAUCGUGUUCGAAAGUAACAGCUCCUACGUCGGGCGAGAGGUUAUCUUAGACUUGAUCCAGUAUGAAAACAUCAUCGUGAAGAGAGCACUGAACUUUGAUAAGCCUUUGCUUGAGAAACUGGGGGUGACCUCAGUCCCCUCCUGCUACCUGGUGCAGCCAAAUGGGUCCCAUGGAUUAAUUAACAAUUUGAAGCCUCUACGAUCUUUCUUUUCUUCAUAUUUAAAGUCACUGCCAGGUGUAAGGAAAAAACUUCUCCUGCCCCUCCAGCUGCCUGCUGCAGAGAACAGAGAGGAGAGCACAGAAACAAGGGUCUGGAAGGAGUUUGAUAAGUCCAAGCUGUACAUGGCUGACCUUGAGUCAGGAUUGCAUUACCUGCUCAGGGUGGAGCUUGCCACACACAAGAUGCUUGAGGGAGCUGAGCUCAAGACCUUCAAGGAUUUUGUCACCGUCUCUGCCAAGCUGUUUCCUGGCCGUCAGCCUGUGGUGAAGUUGUUAGAGACCUUGCAGGAGUGGCUGGUGAGCCUUCCAUUAGACAAAAUCCCUUAUGAUGCUAUCCUAGAUCUGGUCAACAACAAAAUGCGGAUUUCUGGGAUAUUUCUCACCAAGAAGGCUCAGUGGGUUGGCUGCCAGGGCAGCAGACCAGAGCUGAGGGGUUACAGCUGCUCCCUCUGGAAGCUGUUCCACACUCUCACCGUUCAAGCUGCACUGAGACCCAAAGCUCUGCUAAAUACAGGUCUUGAGGACAAUCCCCAAGUUGUGCUGCAGGUGAUGAGGAGAUACAUUCACCACUUCUUUGGCUGCAAGGCUUGUGCUCAGCAUUUCGAGGAAAUGGCUAAAGAGUCCAUGGAUUCUGUGAAAACCUUGGACCAAGCUGUUCUGUGGCUCUGGGAAAAACACAAUGUGGUGAACAACAGGCUGGCAGGUGAUUUGACUGAAGACCCCAAAUUUCCCAAAGUUCAGUGGCCAACUCCAGACAUUUGUCCUGCAUGUCAUGAAGAAAUCAAAGGACUGCACAGCUGGAAUGAAGAAAAAGUGCUGCAGUUCCUGAAGCAUCACUACAGCACCGAAAAUAUUCUCCAUAAAUACGCCGAGAGCCAAACUGACUCCACUGAGGCUGAGCAGGGAGACACAGGGGAGGUGAAAGACAAACACCUGCUGAAGAAAUCAGGGGGAAGCAGAGAAAAUGGGAUGCAGGAGAAGGAAAACCCCCUAGAUUCAGGCUCCAAGGGGUUGGAUAAGCCAAUAGCUAACCCUGGAGCUGUCCAAGGUAGCGGCAGGAGCUCAGCUGCAGCAGGAAACCUCCGAGAGACAAGGCAGGCUGUGUCCUUCCUGGGCAUUGGAUUUUCCAACCUAGACAUGAGCCUGUGUGUCAUCCUCUAUGUGGCAUCAUCCCUGUUCUUAAUGAUCAUGUACUUCUUUUUCCGGGUGAGAUCCAAGCGGUGGAAAGUGAAGUAUUCUCGUUCCUCUGUGUAG